AUGUUCCACAACUCUUCCAAGUUCGCGCUCCUGGCGGUUUUCGGCGUAGCCGCCGCUGAGGAAGCCGUGGUCUCGCUUUUUAUUCCUCUCUUUGCCCCUAACUUCGUCGUGGCCUCUGUUGUCGAUGUAGGCGCCGACGAGACGACUUUUGCUCUCGCCUGCCACUCUCAAGUGCCCCAGACCGAAUGCGGCAUCAGCAACCCUGUUCAGCUGGUCGCAGGCCCUUCGACUAUGGCUCUCACUGCCACCCUCGAAUACACGUCUGCUUCUCCUUCCGAAGUCCUUCCGAUGAGUCUUCGGCUGUGGCAGACGAGUCUUUCGACGACGAAUGCCGCGGGUGAGGCUGCGACGACGACCGAAGCUGGCAACGCGGCGCUUCCCCGAAUGACCCAAAACGCCGUCCUGGCAAGGUAUCGCUGCCGUUGUCGGUGGUGCCAUGGUGCUGUAAGAUGUGUCGUUCUGCGCCUGGCGAGUCGUGCUAUACUUCCUGCUGGGCUUCUCGGUUUCAUCUCAGUGCCAGUCGGAACAUGCUCCAUUAUGAUCACGAGAAAGACUGCCAUGGUGCUCAUUGCUUUCACGACUCUCUUCUUCGUCGGCCUCACUGGCUGGACCUACUGGCGGAUCACCAUGUCACCCCGGGCCAUGGAGCGCGGUUAUCAGCAGCAGCGGACAGACCGGCCUGACGAGAUGCCGGGGGUUUAA